UUUUUUUUUGUUGCCCAGAACCGUUGCUUGAGUUGUCAGUCCGAUCGGACACAAUCGUGAUGCAGCGCACGGUGCUCCUUCUGCUACUGGCUAUUGGGGCCCCAGCCCUUGGGGGGCCACUGCCCUCAGAGCCCUUCUUCUCCAUACAGGAAAACUUUGACCUGAACCAGUUUAUGGGGAAGUGGUAUGAUGUCGCUGCAGCCUCCAACUGCCCCUGGCUGAAAAGCUACAAGGGUCAUAUAACAGCAGGAACCUUGGAGGUGAAGCCCGGUGAGAGCAGUGACACAAUCAGCAUGACGAGGACCGCCAUCAGACAUGGGACCUGCAAGCAAAUGUCAAUGAUUUAUAAGCUCACAGAGACCCCUGGGAGGCUCUUCUACCACAAUGACAAGUGGGCCGCUGACAUUGAUACCUACGUAGUCCACACUAAUUAUGAUGAGUACGCCAUUGUGGCAAUGACAAAGCAGAAGAAGGGACAGAACAAAACCACCACAUUCAAGCUCUAUGAUCGCAGCGCGGAAUUACGCCCCACUCUGAUGGAUGAAUUCACCCAGCUGGUGAAGGAACAAGGCAUGAGUGACGAUGACAUCGUGACCCUCAAGAAUGCAGGAGAGUGUGUUCCAGGGGAACCUGCCCCAGAGCCAGAGAUCCAGAGAAGAAGAAGAGAUGCAGAAAGCGUUACCAGUAACACAACACCUGUAAAUGACUCCUGUCUAAGUCUGCCAGAUGCUGGGCACUGUCUAGCCUGGUUCCCUCGCUUUUUCUACAACUCCACUGUUAAAGCCUGCCAGUCGUUCAUCUAUGGUGGAUGUGAAGGCAACCACAACAACUUUUUGACAGAGAAGGCUUGCCUGCAGACCUGCCGCACUAAAGAUGCCUGCAGACAACCCAUUGUCAGCGGACCCUGCAAGGCCUACCUUCCUCGUUGGGGUUUUGACUCUGAGAGCAACGAAUGUGUUUUCUUUCUAUAUGGCGGCUGCCAUGGAAACAGCAACAACUUUCACAGCCUUCAGGAGUGUGAAGAGUACUGCGGCAGUGCAAAAAAGAAUGAGCUAAGAGCCAUACCCUGCACUCCUGGAGAGAUCUGCACCCAACCCUCUUCAAAUUACUGCCAUGAGGCACCAGAGAGAGGUCCCUGCAAUGCUUCAUUUCCCCACUUCUACUACAACGCAUCUCUCAUGGCUUGCCAGAGAUUCACGUAUGGCGGGUGCCAAGGCAAUAAGAACAACUUUAAGACCGAGAAUGCUUGUCUGCAGAGCUGUCAAACUAAAGCGGCCUGCACACUGCCCAUUGUCGUUGGGCCCUGUAAGGCCUUCGCUCCACGUUGGGCCUUCGACUCUCAAAGCGGAAAAUGUGUGUUCUUUGUAUAUGGCGGCUGCCAAGGAAACAGCAACAACUUCUACAGCCAGAGUGAAUGUCAGGAGUUCUGUGAGGCGACAAAGGGUGACCCCUGCCUGAGUCCACCAGAUGAGGGACCCUGCAAUGCUUUCUUCCCACGCUACUACUACAACUCUACCCUCAUGACCUGCACGACAUUCACCUAUGGUGGUUGCCAGGCCAACCAAAACAACUUUCCGACCGAGCGGGCAUGUCAGGAGAGCUGCCGCACUGCAGCUGCCUGCAGAUUGCCCACGGUCAUUGGGCCCUGUAAGGCUGCCUUCCGACGUUGGACCUUCGACUCUGUCAAAGGAGAGUGUGUGCCCUUCAUUUACGGCGGCUGUGAGGGAAAUGGCAACAACUUCUACACCAAGAAGGAAUGUGAAAAGUUCUGCGGAAACAUGCCGAUGGCAGCAAGAGCCGAGCCCUGCCUUCCCGGAGAGGCAUGUGCCCCAGCUUCCUCAGACGACUGCCUCGGCGCACCAGAGACAGGCCUCUGCGACUCCUCGUUUCAGCGCUUCUACUACAACUCCUCCACCAUGACUUGCGAGCCCUUCACCUACGGCGGCUGUCCGGGCAACAAGAACAACUUCGAGACCGAGAAGGAAUGCCUGCAGAACUGUCACAGCGAAGUUGCCUGCAGACAGCCCAUAGUGCCUGGGCCGUGCAUGGCCAGAUUUCCACGCUGGGCCUUUGACGCUGUGAAAGGGAAAUGUAUGCCUUUCAUAUAUGGUGGCUGCAAGGGAAAUGGAAACAAUUUCCACAGCAAGAAAUCAUGUGAGGAGCUCUGCGGGGAUAUGGAAGGAGACCCUUGUCUAAGUCCACCAGAUGCAGGACCCUGUGAUGGCGCAUUCGUACAUUUCUACUACAACUCCACCCUCAUGGCCUGUGAGAACUUCACCUAUGGUGGUUGCCAAGGCAACCAGAACAACUUUUUAACUGAAAGCAAGUGCCUGCAGAGUUGCCGCACUCCAGCUGCCUGCAGACUGCCCGUAGUCACUGGGCCUUGUAAGGCUGCCUUUCCACGAUGGGCCUUUCAGAGAGACAACUGUGUGCCCUUUACAUACGGCGGCUGUGAUGGAAAUAGCAACAAUUUCGACAGCAAGACGGAGUGUGAGAAGUACUGUGGGGUGUCAGAAGAUGGUGACGAAGAAGUGAUGGAAGUCAGUUAAAGGUGCUGAUGGGACAACAUGCAGCUGAGUUCUUUCCAACCAGAAAAUCUAAUCAGACAACCUGUCAGCUAACAGCCUUGGUUUUCACUGGUCUAACAACUGUUCGAUGAAUUAAACAUUUGGAAAAAGCA